AUGAAGUACAGGAAGGUGGUGAUGUACAUGGAGAUCGGCUGCUUCGUGUCCUGCCUGUGUGGCUGGAUCCUGGUGUGUUCCACUCUUCCCACAGAGUACUGGACUUUCUCAGAGGUGGGCAGCGUCGUGCUGACCACCUCCAACUACUACUCCAACCUGUGGAAAGACUGCAUCUCAGACACCACGGGGGUGUCCGACUGCAAGGAAUACCCUUCCAUGCUGGCCCUGCCUGCGUUCCUACACGCUUGCAGAGCGCUCGCUGUCUGUGCCGUUAUCACUGGCUUCUUCGGAGGCGUCCUCACACUCAUAGGGAUGAAAUGCACUAAAAUAGGUGGAUCAGACAUUGCCAAUGCCAGGGUGACCUUUGCAGGCAGUAUAACCUACCUGGUGUCAGGAUUCUGUGGUAUGAUCACCUACUCAUGGUGGGCCAACAAAGUCAUAAGAGAAUUCUUGGAUCCAAAUUUCAUGGACCAGAAAUAUGAACUUGGAGCUGCAAUUUUCAUUGGCUGGGGAGGCUCCAUCCUUCUCCUCUCUGGAGGGACGGUGCUGACUUACUUCUCUGGAAAAGAAGGCCUACCAUCAAGCAGUUCUCCAAAAAGGCCACAGAGACCAGCCACUUACGCCACCGCCCGGACCAGACGGACCUACAUGCUGCCGGCCUCGUCGUCCAGAGUGACUCUGGUGCCGCCGCUGUUUUAUGAAGGCAGGAAGAGCCGAGCAACCAGAGCGACAACAAAGACCGGUCGGACCUUCAGCAGGGACAGCUUUGUCUGAGCCAGAGGGGAACUCUGUGCUGAGAAUGUGACUUAAAAAGAAUAGUUUGACAUUUUGGGAAAUACACUUAUUCCCUUUCUUGCCGAGAAUGAGAUGAGAAGAUUGAUGUCACGCUCUUAACUGUGCACUAAGCUGGAGCCCCCGCUGGUUACCUUAGCUUAGCAUAAAGACUGGAAGUCGGGGGAAACAGCUAGCCUGGCUCCUUCAGAGGGUAACAAAAUCCGACUACUUCCACCUCUGAAGUUGACUAAUUAACAUGUUAUAUGUUGUUUGUUUAAUCUGUACAAAAACCAAAGUGUAAAAAGUAUUACUUGUGUUUUUGCUAGCUGUUACUUGUGAGACUAUUUCUUGGCGGGAGAUUCUUGCCGGACCACUACCACCUACAAGGCAAGGGUCGAGGACUAAACAUUACAAAACAAAAUUUAGAUGUACUGGUAAGAAAGUUUUGUUAACUUCAGACAGAGCCAUGCUAGCUGUUUACCUCUAUGUCCAGUCUUUAUGCUGCGCUAAGAUAACCAGCUGCGGGCCCCAGCUUUAUAUUUAGAGCACAGAGAUGAGAAUGGCAUCGAUCUUCUCAUCCAACUCCAACAAGUGUAUUUCCCAAAGUGUCAAACUAUUCCUUUAAUGACAUGGCUAGAAAUAUGAUUUAUGUUACCAAAGCAAAACGUGGUAAUGUGUUCAGUGGAUAAAAAAAACAGACAGUUAAUACUGUAUCUAUAAACAUAUAUAAGCUUUGGUCAUAUUUUCUGCAUGCAAAACAAUAAGUCUGUGUUGUAAAGGUGAAGGAGUCUCCAAUCAGCCAACCUAAAGCUCAAACCCGUGACGACUGGGGCAGGAUCGGGGAAGAUGAGAUCUGAAGCACAUGGUUAUAGUAAGAGCUUUUAAUAAGUGCAGCAAAUAUCGUUUUGACAUAAAGCUCGUCUUCAUCAAGUUGCUGCUCUUUAAAAUCUUAUUAUAACCGUGUGCUCCAGAUCCUGCAAUAAGUCUGUGUUGUUUUUUUUGAAACAUUUUGAAUUAUUAGCUGUUUUAUUGUCUUUCAUCAGGGAGCCUCCACUGUCCAUUGACCCUUUGAUUCUUUCCUGUCUAUCUGCAUCAUGCUUUGUUCUUUUGAAACAGGCUGAAGUAUAUGAAAAGAAAACAUUGCUCAUAAUGCACUCUCUUCCAACUAGAUAGCAUCAUAUCAUGUGAUACGACUAUUUGUUUACAGAUCUGCUCUCCAUGUUUUAUUCACCUCACCAAAUGUUUGGAGCUGUCAAACCUUCAUCAGGGUGGUGUUUUAGGCCGUUGCCGGUUUCCUUAUAUACAGUUCACUGAUACUAUGUAUACAAAACAUUCCCAUCAUCUUUUUAAAAACACUUGUUACAAAAUACCAUAUUUACUCCUAGGGGAUACAACAGAAAUAUAACUGGCCAGAAAUACAAACAUAUAAUAUUACAAUCAACUUUUCAGAACCCAUCAGAGGGGAAAUGGGUUGGAUAUCUAUUUUUCAACAUAAAGCAACACAUUCUACACUCUUUCAACCUCAUUUUCCAAAUACACUAUAGUCAAAUCUCUUCGUAUGUAUAUAUAUUAUAUAUAUAUAUAUAUAUAUAUAUAUAUAUAUAUAUAUAUAUAUAUAACACAUCCAUCCUUAAACUAAAUUUCCGAUUGUGUUCAAACAGUUCCUGUUCUUUGAGAACAAAUAUAAUCCAGUGAACUUCUAGUUCCUUGUCCAGUUCAGAAACCCAAAAUGGCUCCCUCUUUAGGAGCAACUUCUCUAAAUCUCUCCCUCUCUUUGACAAACAUCCCUUCUCAAUUUCUAUAUAUUUAAUAUAUAUGUUAAAAAUAUAGACUGGUUGUUUCAUUUCCAUGAAAUGUGCAGCAACUGGAUAGAUCGAUUUUACAUCUUAUAGUACUUUAUGUCCUACUAUUCUUUGAGUUCUCUCAUAUCCUUUCCACACGGACAUGUUAAAUAAAUGACUGCCUUUUUGUGAAUGAAGCAUGAAAUCCCUCCUCUCACACGUAUUUUUUUUUUUUACCUCUAUGUGGAUGGCUGAACCAAGCUGGGUUAGUUGUGUUGUUCCAUUGUGUGCAAGCUUGUGUGCAUUACUCUUGGCUUUUCAGGUUUUUAUUAAUUUGUCUUUUUGUUAAAUGUUUUUAAAUAACAACUUUAGAAACUUUAGUAUAUCUAGUGAUGGACAAAAUGAAUUCAGCCUCCCUAUCUGGGUUCCUUUUGAAACAGGUCCUCUCUUUGUUUUCUUUCAGUUUCUGUGUGGUUUCAUUUAUAGAGUCUGUAGAUCCUCUGCACCUGAACUUCAUCUGAGUCGCCAGAAGAUGGCACUCAAAAUCAGACAUUGGACACCUGGUCCCUGUCCCAUGACUGAUCAAUGGUCAACCUCAGAUACUACCCUGAUGAAGGCAAGAUAGUCGUAAAUGUUUGUUAAAAUAAAGCAUGGUGUACUGGA